AUGGAUGAGAUUUCUGAUCUCAGAAAUGACUUCAGACAGAUAGAUGAAACACAGGCCCAGAUUGAACCUACGGACACGACCUGUAGAACGGCAUCUAACACGCCACUCCUGCUGUAUGGAUCUAUGCAGCCGGUAUCGAAGGAGACAUUAUUGUCAGCCUUGCCAGAACGGAGUGCAGCAGAUCGUUUGGUAUUCCAGUACUUCAACGAAAUAUCUAUAUUGCCUGGCAGGUCUCCCGAUCCCCCGACGUUACUUUGUCUAAGAGUCUAUGCGUAUGCAGCACGCAUAGUGCAUCCACCGAAAUUUCUUGAGCAGUACGAAAGCUUUUGGGCCAAUCCAUCAGCAGUCUCUUUGUCCUGGUUGGGUCUCUUGUAUGGGGUGUUGAGUCUUGCCGACCUAUUCUCCUCCAACCCUGAACACAGACACCCCGAACCACAACCAAAGUACUUAGAGCCGUUGGUUCAGUGCCUUAUUGCUGCCGACUAUGUUCGCGGAGGACCCAAAAUCAUUGAGUGUCUCAUUCAUUACUAUCUAGCAGAGUUCUACUUGAACCCCGUAACGAAGGUCGGCAACUGGAUGGUCGCCGGCAUGAUAGCCCAGCUCGCAAUUCGUAUGGGGUACCACCGAGACCCAUCCAAUUUCCCGCGCAUCAGCUCUUUUGAGGGCGAGAUCCGUCGCAGAGUCUGGGCCACUGUACACAUCUUCGACACCACCAUGGCCAUGCUCGUCGGUGCGCCGAGGAUCAUCUCGAAUGGGACAUGGAACACUAAACCACCCGGCAACAUUUUGGACGCCGACCUCGACGAUAUGAACUGCGUUCAACUGCCAGCAUCACGUGCUGACACCGAAGUUACCGAAGUUUCGUUCUUGCUGGUGAGAUACAAGAUGAGCCUCGCCAUGGGUAGGCUGGUGGAUUUGAGCCUGGUGAACAAGCUAGAAUCCCAAGAGGAUGUGCAAAAUGCCGAAGCUCAUCUCAAGAUAACGUACGAUUCAAUACCAGAAAGCAAUACCAGAAAGGUUCAAGUUCACCUCACUCGUACAUUGCUUGUCAGAUAA